AUGAGUCUCUGUAAAGACUGCGAGACCAUGGGAUCAGGCCCCGAAACCCACAUCUCCACACAAUAUGACACUAACAGCUUUUCUGAGGUGGAGAUUCCCAGUGUUCAAUCUGGACCUCCGAAAGACGUGGCCUCCAUUUUACAGUGUUCCAUCUCUGCAUUUCAGAAACUUGAGAAAAAGAUAAUCACCUUGGUAGAGACAGAGCUGAAGAGAUUCUGGAACAUCCCAAGUCAUUCAGAAUACUCUGAGAGUGGCUCUUUGAAUGAAAAAGAACAGAGCAGUGUCAGAGAAGGAGUCCUGAAGAUCACAUUGAGUGUCCUGAGGAGCAUGAACCAGCAUGGUCUUGCUGACACACUGGAGAAAAAUGAACAGUUUGCGAGUUGUCAACACAUUCUCAAAUCAAAUUUGAAAAACAAAUGUCAGUGUGUGUUUGAGGGCAUAGCAAAACAAGGAAACCCCACAAUCCUAAAUAAGAUCUACACAGAGCUCUACAUCACAGAGGGUGGAAGUGGAGAGGUCAACAAUGAACAUGAGGUCAGACAGAUUGAGACAGCAUCAAGGAGACCAGAAACACCAGAGACAACAAUACAAUGCAAUGACAUCUUUAAGCCCUUACCUGGACAAGACAAACCCAUCAGAACUGUGCUGACAAAAGGAGUUGCUGGCAUUGGAAAAACAAUCUCUGUUCAGAAAUUUGUACUUGAUUGGGCAGAAGGAAAAGCAAAUCAAGAUGUCCACUUCAUAUUUCCACUUCCAUUUCGAGAGCUUAACUCAGUGAAAGAGAGCAAACUUAGUUUGAAUGACAUUCUUAAAAGGUUUUACCCAGAGACAAAUGAACUAGUGCUUCUAAGCAGUCACAAAUAUAAAAUAGUGUUCAUCUUUGAUGGUCUGGAUGAGUGUCGACUACCUCUGGAUUUCCACAACAAUGAAAGCUGGUCUGAUGUAACAGACCCAGCGUCUGUAGAUGUUCUAUUGACAAACCUCAUUAAGGGGAAUCUGCUUCCCUCCGCUCUCCUCUGGAUAACUACCCGACCAGCAGCAGCAUACAAAAUGCCUCUGGAUUGUAUUGACCAGGUGACAGAGAUACAAGGGUUCAAUGAUUCUCAGAAAGAAGAGUACUUCAGCAAGAGAAUCAGUGAUCAGAACCUGGCCAAUACAAUCAUCACCCACAUCAAGUCAACAAGGAGCCUCUACAUCAUGUGCCACAUUCCAGUCUUCUGCUGGAUUUCAGCCACUGUUUUAGAGAAAAUAUUGGAUGAAGCAGAGAGUGGACAGAUCCCAAAGACUCUGACACAAAUGUAUACCCACUUUCUGAUAUUUCAGACCAAACAGAGGAAUCAUAAAUAUGACAGGUCUUGUCAAAUCAAUCCACAAUGGAAUAAAGACAGUGUUAUGUUGCUGGGGAAGCUGGCAUUUCAGCAGUUAAAGAAGGGCAAUUUAAUCUUCUAUGAAAAUGAUCUGAAGGAGUGUGGCAUUGAUAUAACUGAUGCUUCAGUCUACUCGGGUGUGUUCACGCAGAUCUUUAGGGAGGAGUCAGGUCUGCACAAGGAGACUGUGUACAGCUUUGUGCACUUGAGCAUUCAAGAGUUUCUUGCAGCUUUAUAUGUGUUCCUGAUGUUCAUCAAUGAUGAUAAAAAUGUCCUCUGUUUUGAGGAAUCAGCAAAGACAAACCUUAAAUUGCAAUUCAGAAAAAAUACUAUGCCCCGCCUACUCAAAAUUGCAGUGGACAAAGCUUUAACAAGUGAGGGUGGAUACCUGGAUCUUUUUCUCCGUUUCCUUCUUGGUCUCUCUCUGCAGUCGAAUCAGAUUCUCUUACGAGGUCUCCUAACACAAAGACACAGAAAACCUUACAACAAAGAGGACACAAUCAAGUACAUCAAAGAGAAAUUCAGUGAGAACCUUGCCUUAGAGAGAUCUAUCAAUCUGUUCUACUGUCUGAAUGAACUCAACGAUAGUUCUUUGGUUGAGCAGAUACAAAGUUACCUGCAGACAGGUCCUCUCUCCACUGCUGAGCUCUCCCCUGCACAGUGGUCAGCUUUGGUCUUUGUGUUACUGACAUCAGAUGAGGAGCUGGAUGUGUUUGACUUACAGAAGUUCAUCAGAUCAGAUGAAGGCCUACUGAGGCUCCUGCCAGUGGUCAAAGCUUCCAGAAUAACUUUGCUCCGUAAGUGUAACCUCACUGAAAAGAGCUGUGCAGUGCUGGCAUCAGUUCUGGACUCAGAGACUUCCAGCCUGAGAGAACUUGAUGUGAGUUACAAUCAACUGAAGGACUCAGGAGUGGAUCUGCUCUGUGCUGGACUGAAGAAUCCACACUGUAAACUGGAGAGUCUGAGGCUGUCAUACUGCAGUAUAACAGAGAACAGUUGCUCUGCUCUGGCUUCAGCUCUGGGAUCUAACCCUUUCCACCUGAGAGAACUGGAUCUGAGCUUCAACAAAACAGGAGAUACUGGAGUGAUACUCCUCUCUGCUGUACUAAAGGAUCCACGCUGUAAACUAGAGACACUCAGGCUGUCCUGCUGCAGUAUAUCAGAAGACAGUUGUGCUGCUCUGGCAUUAGCUCUGAGGGCGAAUCCAUCACACCUGAGAGAACUGGACCUGAGUGAAAAUAAACCAGGAAUCACAGGUGUGGAUCUGCUUUCUGCUCUUCUGGAGGAUCCACAGUGUAAGCUGGAAAAAUUGAGUGUAUGUGAUUGCAGUAUAACAGAGGAAGGCUGUGCUGCCCUGGCUUCAGCUAUAAGACUGAAUCCUACACACCUGAGGGAACUGGAUUUGAGCUGGAACAAAACAGGAGACAUAGGAAUGAAGCUGCUCUCUGCUGUGUUGAAGGAUCCAGACUCUAAACUGGAGACUCUGAAGUUGCAGUAUUGCAGCAUCACAGCAGAGGGUUGUGCUUCCCUGGUAUCAGCUUUAAAAUCAAGCCCCUCAACUCUAAAAACUCUUUUUUUGUCCGGGAAUGAACUUGGGGUCUUCGGAGAGGAGAACCUCAGAGUUCUCAAUGAGGAUCCAGGCUGUCAGCUGGAGACACUGAAGUGA